ACGCGAUGCAGGUGCGGUGGAAGGCGAGCGAGGAAUCCGGAGCCCCCGCGGCAUUCUAACCGCAAGGUCCUUGCGCUGCAUUUGGCCAGUGGCUCUUUCUGUCACCUAGGAUGAGUAACUGCAGCAGCCGCGCCCUGACCCUGCUGUCUAGUGUUUUUGGAGCGUGCGGGCUGCUUCUGGUGGGCAUUGCUGUCAGUACUGACUAUUGGCUGUUCAUGGAGGAAGGAAUUGUAUUUCCACAAAACCAGACCACGGAAAUAGUCAUGGCACUCCACGCGGGCCUCUGGAGGGUUUGUUUCUUUGCAGGUCAGAAAAAAGGCAGCUGUGUGGCUUCUGAAUACUUCCUCGAGGCUAGGCCUGACCCCGACCCAGAAGGCCCCCUUGUUACGGAGAACACAGAAAAUAUCCUCAAGACCAUUCGCACAGCCACCCCUUUCCCCAUGGUCAGCCUUUUUCUGGUCUUCACAGCCUUUGUCAUUAGCAAUAUUGGACAUAUCCGCCCGCAGAGAACCAUCCUGGCUUUUGUUUCAGGCAUCUUCUUCAUCCUCUCUGGGCUGUCCCUAGUGGUGGGCUUGGUCCUGUACAUCUCCAGCAUCAAUGAUGAAGUGAUGAACCGUCCGAGUGGCUCAGAGCAGUAUUUUCAGUAUCGCUAUGGAUGGUCCUUCGCGUUUGCUGCCUCUUCUUUCUUGCUCAAAGAGGGUGCAGGUGUGAUGUCUGUCUACCUCUUCACCAAACGCUACGCCGAGGAGGAAAUGUAUCGCCCGCACCCGGCCUUCUACCGCCCGCGCCUGAGCGACUGUUCUGACUACUCAGGCCAGUUCUUGCACCCUGAAGUGUGGCACCGUGGACGCAGCCCCUCUGACAUCUCCAGUGAUGUUUCCAUCCAGAUGACUCAGAACUACCCACCAGCCAUCAAGUAUCCCGAACAUAUGCACAUAUCAACAUCGCCUUGCUAGAUGUCCAUAGAACGUGGUGGACCAGGAGCCUGGCCUUUGCUUGCAGACUACAUUGUCCAACACCCCUCCCUGCUCCCUAUGAGGCUGCCCUGCUGAUGGGGACCUCUUUCCUUCUUUGAAGACCUUCUACCACCUGCUCUGCUAUAAAUGCCAUCUCUUUCUCUCUUUCCCUUUCUCCCUCUUUCUCCUUCUCCAGCUAGUGGGAACCUUCCAAGCAACCUUUGGGAUUGCUGAUGCUCCUGUUUGGAAACUGUUCUCAUUUUUGGCCUCUUCCAGGAAGCUCCAUCAUCCAACUGAAAAUUCCUUCUCAGUCUUUCCUACUAUCCUCCACAGACCAGUGGAAGAAGCAGCACCAAGGGAUGUGUUUUCUAGUUCUGCGAUGCUGUCCCAAAUUAUUUCUCCUUUCACUCAGAUAGUUGGAAUCACUAGCAAGAAACAGCUCACCAAGCAUGCUUCUCUCAACUUUCCCCCCAAAGAUUUGACAGAAAUGGGGUUGCAAAACCAUCUUUGCUUUUCAGACC